GCAACACAGCACACGCGUUCAUGCUUCUAUUUACAGUAAGACGAUCGCAAAAGGCAAUCGGCCGAGCUCUGCAUCCAUUUGCAAGCCAUAUCCAUGCUCGGGGGAAACGGCCGGGCACGCAAUCGAUUGUUCCUUGCAUUUCGUUUCUUCUGGCCGCUUGUCCGCCUUCAUUUUGGUAGGCCCUCUGAAGUGGCACCGGUAUCUGUGCUUUUAGCAGCGAUACCUGAUUUGAUCAGGAGACAUAUUAUAGCUCUCCUUUCUCCUUCUCGUGCACUUGUCAUUUACCUUGAGCUUCGACUGGGGUUUGGGGUUAAGGAUAGUUGCAAUGACUUUGGCUCCGUUCGAGUGACCUGCCAGGCUGGUAGACAGAAACAUACCCUGGUGUCUCUCAAUGUUUUCAACACACCAUACCAGAUGUUUGUUUGCCAAGGGGAAACUGUCACAGAAAACGGUUGCGUGACAUACUACGUAUAUCCCUCACGUAAAGGUGUAGGCUCGUUGUAGUUCAUUUGCAGUCUUGCGACAAGACAUUUAACAAACACAAGCACAAUCAUAAGGACGCGCGGUCAAUCGAUCAAAUAGCCUCAUCUCUUGCACUAUUAGCAUGUUUACUAUAGUUGUCUUGAGAUUGGAUUUUCCCGAAG